UCAAUAUUUCCCCCAACUAUGAGUCAAAGAUGACUAUAGUUCAACUCUUAGGAGUCAGACCCUCGAGUAGAUCCCAUGAUACUCGCAACAUCGGCAAAAAAGUAGCAAAGUGGGAUGGUUCAAAACGGCAGGCGGUUUAGAAGCAUUGGGCAGAAAACUCGUACGAAAGUUCAGGCGGCAAGGGUAAUUUUGCCAUACAAAGACAAGAGGCUGCGGUCACAACCAGUAAGAUUUGCGGAAAGAAAAAAACAGACACCCCACCGGGCCGCUUCGUCGCUAAAGGAACAAACCCUUCAACUCACCGGUCUCGAGGAGAUCCCCGACAGUGUCUACGCCUACGGUUUCGAGCGUCCAUCUGCUAUCCAGCAGCGUGCUAUCCUGCCCAUCAUCAAGAGUAAGUCUAGAAAUCAGUGUAUCCUACUUGACCUGCCGUUAAUCAAUUGCUUCAGGCAACGAUGUCAUCGCUCAGGCUCAGUCCGGUACCGGAAAGACCGCUACUUUCUCCAUCUCUGCUCUGCAGAAGCUCGACCCCAACGUCAAGGCUUGCCAGGCUCUGAUUGUCGCUCCCACCCGUGAAUUGGCCCAGCAGAUCCAGAAGGUCGUCAUUGCCAUUGGUGACUUCAUGAACAUCCAGUGCCACGCCUGCAUUGGUGGUACUGCUGUCCGCGAUGACAUGAACGCUCUCCGUGACGGUCCUCAGAUCGUUGUCGGUACCCCUGGCCGUAUCCAGGAC